UUCAUCUUCAACAAGAACUAAUUAAAAGCUAAACAAGUUCCCAAUGGGGUUUGGUUUAACACUAGAAGGAGCUGCAGCCGAUAUAAAAGACAUCAAUGUUUGGAGCAAAAUCUACACCCUUAAGAUGGAGCAUGAGUUGGAAGUAGAACAACCAGUGAAGUCUGGUGUUUUGAGGGCCAUUAAUUUUGACAAGAAAUCAACCUCAGAUUCUGUGAAAACAUGGGCUAAGUUGUUGAAUGCAUUUUGCGCAAGCGUGAAGCUGGAACUGAUAUACAAAGUCCAAGUGCAGUGCUAUGAGGACGCUAAGCUGAUGAAAUUGUUCCCUGAAAACAUAAGGUUACUUUAUGACCAGGAUAUCCUUGCUGAAGACACCAUCCUUCCUUGGUUCCGCAUGCAAAAGAACAACUCCCAAGGGCAGGUAAAGUUGUGAACCUUUAAUUCCCUAUUUUCGUAGCCGUACUCUUCUCUACUGUUUUUGUGGACAUAUUUACUUGAGUAUUUAAAAUCAAUUAUUGUUAUUGGGAGACAAUCAUUUGUGAAGUCGCUGGAGCCCUUCGUGAAGUGGCUAGAGGAGGCUGAGGAAAAGGAGUCAGUUUCCACUCCGGCAUUGUAGACUGGCAGACGACUGUGUAUCACACCCUCACAGAGUCACAGUAUUUCAACUUAUGCAAUGUUUUUCCUAGAUUUAUAGUUCUUUUAAUUUGUUUUAUUUUUCCAUCGCAAUGUGCUAUGCUCAUCUCAGGUGAUAUUAUUAAGAUGCUUGUGGUAGUGUUACGUAUACAUUUUUUCUGUUCAGUUGUUGUGAAUUUGUUACAAGACUGUGUUUGUAGUGGCACAUAAUAAUCCACGUAGGACGUGUUACCUAAAAAUCAACACAAGAAACAUCUUUUAUU